AUGGCUCCGGCACGGGACACGCCGUUCCGCUCGGCGGACAUGAGCAUGGUGCAGCUCUACAUUUCCAACGAAAUCGGCCGCGAAGUCGUGAAUGCCCUGGGCGAAGUUGGCCUGGUGCAGUUCCGAGACCUCAACGGCGAUUUGACAGCAUUCCAAAGAGCAUUUACUCAGGAUAUCCGCCGCCUCGACAAUGUUGAACGCCAGCUUCGCUACUUCCACGCCCAGAUGGACAAGGCCGGGAUUCCCCUCCGCAAACUCGACCUGGAUGUCGAUACCCUCGCCCCGCCCUCGACCACCGAAAUUGACGAGCUGGCCGACCGCUGCCAGAACCUGGAGCAGCGCAUCUCCUCGCUAAACGAGAGCUAUGAGACGCUGAAGAAGCGCGAAGUGGAGCUCACUGAGUGGCGGUGGGUGCUACGUGAGGCCGGCGGGUUCUUUGACCGCGCCCACGGGAACGUGGACGAGAUCCGGGCUUCAACCGACGACGACGACGCCCCGCUGCUGCAGGACAUCGAACACCACACGGCGGCGCCCGAGGUCGAGCGGUCUUUCUCCGGUAUGAACAUUGGAUUCGUCGCCGGUGUGAUCUCCCGCGACCGGGUCGCUGCCUUUGAGCGCAUUUUGUGGAGAACGCUGCGCGGUAACCUCUACAUGAACCAAGCCGAGAUUCCCGAGCCUCUGAUCGACCCUACCAACAACGAGCCGGUGCAAAAGAACGUUUUUGUCAUUUUCGCGCACGGAAAGGAGAUCCUGGCCAAGAUUCGCAAGAUCUCAGAGUCCAUGGGUGCCGAGAUCUACAACGUCGACGAGAACAGCGAUCUGCGGAGGGACCAGGUGCACGAGGUGAAUGCCCGGCUCAACGACGUCCAAAACGUUCUGCGCAACACACAGCAGACGCUCGAGGCCGAGCUCGCGCAAAUCUCGCGCUCUCUGUCGGCGUGGAUGAUUCUGAUCAGCAAGGAGAAGGCCGUGUAUAACACGCUCAACCUCUUCUCGUACGACCGCGCCCGUCGGACCCUCAUCGCAGAGGGCUGGUGCCCCAGGAACGACCUCCCGCUCAUUCGUUCGACACUGCAGGACGUGACGAACCGGGCGGGGCUGUCAGUGCCGUCCAUCAUUAACGAGAUCCGGACCAACAAGAAGCCGCCGACGUACCUCAAGACGAACAAGUUCACCGAAGCAUUCCAGACCAUUGUCAACGCCUAUGGGACCGCCACGUACCAGGAGGUCAACCCGGCCAUUCCCGUGAUUGUUACCUUCCCUUUUCUGUUCGCCGUCAUGUUUGGUGACUUUGGCCACGCCGUCAUUAUGCUCUCCGCCGCUCUCGCCAUGAUCUACUGGGAGAAGCCCCUGAAGAAGGUAACCUUUGAGCUCUUCGCCAUGGCCUACUACGGUCGGUACAUCGCCCUGGUCAUGGCCUGCUUCUCGAUCUACACGGGUCUCAUAUACAACGACGUCUUUUCCAAGUCGAUGACGCUGUUCAAGAGCCAGUGGGAGUGGGUCGUGCCGCCCGACUACCGCACCGGCCAGCAGCUGGUUGCCCGGCUGCGGGACCCCAACUACCGGUACCCGUUCGGCCUUGACUGGAGAUGGCACGGCACCGACAACGACCUCCUCUUCACCAACAGCUACAAGAUGAAGAUGAGCAUCAUCCUCGGCUGGGCGCACAUGACGUACUCGCUGUGCUUCUCGUACAUCAACGCGCGGCAUUUCAAGCGGCCCAUUGACAUUUGGGGCAACUUUGUCCCCGGGAUGAUUUUCUUCCAGUCCAUCUUCGGCUAUCUCGUCGUGUGCAUCGUCUACAAGUGGACCGUCGACUGGUUCGCCAUUGGCAGGAACCCGCCGGGACUGCUCAACAUGCUCAUCUACAUGUUUUUGCAGCCGGGCAAGGUCGACCCGGCCGAGCAGCUGUACGCGGGGCAGAAGUACGUGCAGGUCUUUUUGCUGCUGCUCGCCGUCGUUCAGGUGCCAAUCCUCCUGUUCCUCAAGCCCUUCUAUCUGCGCUGGGAGCAUAACCGCGCCCGGGGCAAAGGCUAUCGCGGGAUCGGCGAGCGCGCAGUGAGGGUGAGCGCCCUGGACGAUGAUGCCGACGGGGAUGAUGGUGCAGCGGGGCAGAAUGUUGCGAACGGUCGCGGGGCAAGUUUGGAUAGUGAAGGCGAGGGCGUCGCUAUGAUUGCGCAGAAUUUGGAUGAGGAUGAGGGGGAGGGUGGCGGAGAGCAUGGGGAGGAGUUUGAGUUUUCGGAGGUUAUGAUUCAUCAGAUUAUUCAUACCAUUGAAUUCUGCCUCAACUGUGUCUCACACACGGCGUCGUACCUCCGCCUCUGGGCCCUGUCGCUCGCCCACCAGCAGCUCUCGGCUGUGCUGUGGUCCAUGACCAUGGGGCCGGCGCUGAAAAUGACGGGCAUUGGCGGGGCUAUUUUCCUUGUUGUCAUUUUUGCCGCCUUUUUCUGUCUGAGCUGUAUCAUUCUGAUCAUCAUGGAGGGUGUCUCGGCUAUGCUUCACUCGUUGCGUCUCGCCUGGGUCGAGUCGUUUUCAAAAUUUGCCGAGUUUGCCGGCUGGCCGUUCACCCCGUUCUCGUUCAAACAGAUGUUGGAAGAGUCGGACGAAUUGAAGGAUUACAUGGGCUGA